AUGAGACCUCGAGACACGGCUGUCCCUUUUGCGCGAACCCGGCCGCGGCACGAGGCGGCCGCGGCUAUGUCCCGCAAUGCGCGGCGUGUCCUGCGCUCCCUCCGCGCCCCGCUGAUAGUCACGAAGUACGAGGUACAGUGCCGCCCGGCGUGUCGCUCCCGACGGCACCUAACCACCGCGCAUGUCUCCCACCAACGUCUUCUCCUGUCACGACCGUCAACCACGGAGCCCGACCACGCGAUUCCGCCCACGCGCGACACAGACGACGACAUGGCGCAACCUGAACAGAUUACAGGCCUCGACUACAGCUGUCAUCAGUACGGCGACCACGCGCUGCAGCGCGUCGGCAUUUGGCAGCCAACGCCGCGGCGUCAUCACGGAUACUGGGUCAUUUACCUUCACGGCGGCGCGUGGCGCGACCCUCGCAACACGCACCUAAAUUUCGUGCCAUCUAUCAAGCAAAUCCAGUCCAACUUUGACGCGGCAGUUCGCGGCUACAUUAGCGUCGACUACCGCCUUUCUCCGCAUCAAGACUAUCCUCAAGACCCCGCGCAAACGCCCAAGCCAGAGUUGCGCAUCGCGAAGCAUCCAGACCAUGUUCUGGACAUUCGCGCUGCCCUCCAUUUCCUUGAUACCGAGUACCAGAUCUCUCGAGGUUAUAUUCUCGUCGGGCACUCGGCCGGUGCAAUGCUUGCGUUCCAGGCACUCAUGGGCCAGUCCGCACUCGCAAGACAGCAGCCGCGGGGGCCCAUCCCGCUGCCAGUAGCCAUCAUUGGCAUCUCGGGCAUCUAUGACCUCGUAGGUCUGAAUAGCAGGAAAGAGGGCUACGACGGCUUCAUCAGUGCUGCUUUUGGUAAAGACCAAAAGGUCUGGCAGGCGGCGUCGCCAGCGACUUUUGGUGGCAGCUUCAAGGAGACCUGGUCCGGUUCUCCACUGGCGAUCCUCGCCCACUCGCCUGAAGAUACCCUCGUCGACAUGCCGGAGAUUGAUUCCAUGGCGGCGAAGCUGUCAGAGGACGGCAUCAACAUCGUUGCCGUCAGAGAUCUGUCUGGCGAGCACGAUGAAGUAUGGAAGGACGGGUCCCAGCUUGCAAGCCUGGUCGCACAAGCUCUUCAGCGCCUGUCGUCGGCUGGAUAA